GCCGCUCUUGUCUGUGAUGAUACCGACGUAUCGUGAUUCUCACGUAGUCAGUGUCAAUUCGACGACGGUUCGCACUUCAACUCGCGAUGCGGCUUUCUUGUACCGUCUACACGGCGAUCACGCUUAUUUUAUUCAGCAGCAUAGUGUUAUAUGCAAGCAGCACGGAAAGGUCCCUCAUGUGGAAUCAGACCUGGACCGAUCGGCUGAAGCAGGAUCUAUUCGUAAAAUAUGACAAAUUUGCCCGGCCGACGCAACACUUUAAUACUACGGUGGUCAAAUUCGACAUUACUCUGCUUUAUGUCGAUGUGAAUGACUUCAAGUCUACCGUCACAGUUAACGGAUGGGCUACUCACAUGUGGACAGAUGAAAAACUCAAGUGGGAUCCUGCAAAAUAUGGCAAUGUGAAACAUAUUCACGUAGGAAGCCACGAGGUAUGGCAACCAGACAUUCUGUUGUACCACAGCGGAACUGCGGGUACAGUCGAGCAUUAUGGUGACACAGCCUGCAUCAUCUUUAGUACUGGUCAAGUGUUAUGGGUGCCACCCGCGCAAUUUAUCGGACUUUGCGAGUUAGAUCUUCGUCUUUGGCCCUUUGAUACUCAGGUUUGCAAUAUGACAUUCGGCUCCUGGACGUACCACGGCGAGCAAAUUGAUAUGCGAUUGAGCGAGACCGAAAACAUGGAACAUAUGUAUGUGAAAAAUGCGGAGUGGAAAUUAAUGGACCUGAGCAAAUCGCGUGAAGCAGUCAUGUACUCUUGUUGCCCGGAACCAUACAUCAAUCUAAAUUUCAAGAUGACUUUAAAACGGAACUCGGCACUGUAUUGCAGUGUAUUGCUAAUGCCUGCUGCCGCCAUAGUUUUCCUGGUUCUGGUCACGUUUUGGUUACCACCUCAAAGCGAAAUGAAGAUCAGUGUUGCGGCCUGUACUAUAUUAAUCAUCGCCGUAUUUUUAGGCUUCCUCGGCUUUAAAGUACCAUUAACUGCGACUCCUCCGCUCAUAGUUUACUUUUAUAGUGGCUGUCUUUGUCUAGAAACAAUAUCGUUGAUACUAUCGAUAGUGGUAAUCAAUAUGUCGAAAAGAGUUUACUGCAAACCACUUCCAAGAAAUAUUAGGCUAUGCUUAUUAAGCUGGCCCGGAAAACUAUUAGGACUCUCCGAUCUCAUAAGUGUGAUCGAAUCGCGACGGCCUAUGCCAAGUCAGGAAUUACGUGGCAAACUUACAGAGGAGUCCACUACCAAUUCAACGUCAAACAUUUCGGAUGACGGAGAUCGACAGAAUAUAAUCUCGCCAACGAAGAACACUACGCAACUGGAAUGGAUUCUCGCGGGCACAGCCAUCGAUCGCAUAGCUUUCGCGUUGUUCUGUUUGAUUUUAGCGACAAUGGCAAUAGUAUGCAUAGGCUAAUUCAUUAUAUGAAGGUAUUUCUAAGUCAUUCGAAUAUAUCGAUAACCUAAUAUAUACACGAUAUAUAAAUAAGUCUGAAUUGUUAUGCAAUAUAUUGAUUUAUUCUCGUGAAUAAAUAUCUUUCGUAACAUAUACAAAUGCAAACAUACAUAUAUAUAAAUAGAUUAUUAAGAAGUAUUCAAGAACGUCUCAGCAUUGGGAUAGUUUCAGAAAGAUCCAGCCUUUGAUUGGGUCAUAAAAAAUAUGGAUCUUCUAGAAUUACAAUCUAACAGUAUAUUGACGAUAUUAUAAUAUAAAUUAGCGUUGUAUUUAGCGUUCAUAAAGAACUAAAUAAAAUCUUACCAUCUUUCAUGC